AUGGAACAAGAAGAAUUGUUGACGACCAUGGAGGAAUUCAAGGCCCACUGCACACUAUCAAUGAGAUCAAAGAUAUGGGUAACUACUGAAACAAUCGAGAGUGCCUUAGAUUCAAAAUCAAAGACGGUCCAGAGAAAAGAGUUUCACAGAGGUAACAUCCUUGGUGAAUCGAAUACAUCAUGA